CAGUAUUAUGUGCCAUACUCCAUAGGGGUCAUCGUGCUUAGAGAUUAAUGUCAAGAUUUAAACUGACGAACUUAUCCAUUGAGUUAAGUCUCCUUGUUGAUGCUUUCUCUCAUUUUCAGCCACUUAAUGGAUGUGCACAAAUUCUAGGAAGUUAUAAAAUUAGUUGAUUAAGGGCUGAAGAGACUGAUCCAUUUCACUUAAAAAGAUACCCACCUAGACCUAGUUCAAGUACCUGGCGCCAAAAGUUAUCACUAAAUCACAAGUUAUCACCUAGACCUAAUUCGAUUGGGGAGGUUACUGGAUUCGCUUCUGCACAGGUUUGAAUAUGGUUGAGAAAAAAUAAUGCCCAGGUGCUUUCUCUUUUGUUUUCUUGCACUGGUCUUGAUGUGAAUGUACAGGAUGCUGUGUAUAUUUUGUUGAGAGCAUGGGGUUUGUUUCUAUUGGGUGGGGUUAUGUUGAUCGGUGGGAAUUGUUGUUUUGGGAUUGAUUAUGCUGUGUUUUGGUGUGCAAUCACUCCUCACUCUGUUUAGGGAUGCCGGAAUCUGGACUUAUGUAUAGAUUUUUUUGUGGGGUUGGAGUUGAUUUGAUGCUGUUAUUCUCAAAUUCUGAGAUUUAACAGGUAUAAAUCUUCUUGUACCUUUCUCAGAGGUGAACGAUUGCUUCCCUCAGGUUUAGUAUAUAUAUGAACUUUAAAAAAAAAUCACAAUAAACUUGUUUUUCUCCAACACGAUAAUGUUUCCGUAUGAUUUAAAUUUGAUAACUGGUGAUGGUGAGUUACUAAGAAACAGUUGGGACGCCGGCAACAGUCAAGAGAAGUUUUUAAGUGUAGGACUAGGUGACUUAAAUCAGUCGUGCAUUAUAAUGGGUAAAAAACUAGAAAAUUCUCUUGAAAAACUUCAAUGGGAAAAGAGAUUGUGAGCUAAUAUCCACAUCACCUAGCCAUCAACACAAUCAAAGCCAAGACUUUAUGGUCAUGCCCAAACGUUUGUCUUAAGCAGGUUGCCGUCCCGGAAAGUUGCUUAUGUCAACUGUCUUUAGUCAUGACUCAAAGUAGCAUGGAAGUGGUUGGUGCUGUUGUGGAGGUGAUACUAGCCAAGGUGAUUUCACUUGCUGCCGAACAGAUCAGCCUUGCAUUGGGUUUCAAGGAGGAGUUGACAUUGCUCCAUGACUCACUUACUAUCAUCCAAGCUCUGCUGCAAGAUGCGGACAGAAGGCAAGAAGAAGACAGGGCUGUUAAGCUUUGGCUUGAGAAGCUUAGAGAUGUUGCUUAUGAGGCUGACGAUGUACUGGAUGAGUUUGCUUAUGAUGUUCUCAGAAGGAAGGUGGAGAUUCAGAACCGAUUGAUGAAAAAGGUUAGCUACUUUUUUUCGCUUUCAAAUUCUAGGGCAUUUGGUGUCAUGAUGGCUAAAAAAAUUAGAAAGAUUAAUAUGUCCCUCAGAAACGUUAACAACCAAGCCAAUCUGUUUGGACUCCAGAGAAGAGUUACUGAUAUGGUUGCUCUACCUAGAGUAAACCAAGUGACUCACUCCUUUCUUGGAGACUCAUCUCAAGUUAUUGGAAGGGAAGAUGAUGUCUCAAAAGCAGUUGAAUUGUUGACCAACUCAGCGUGUCUACAAGCCCUCCCUGUUUUAUCAAUAGUUGGGAUGCCAGGUCUUGGAAAAACAACAUUAGCAAAAUUAGUGUGCAAACAUGAUCAAAUACAAAAACAUUUCAGUAGAAUAAUUUGGGUGUGUGUAGCUGACGAUUUUAAUGUUGAAAGGAUUUUACUAGAGAUGUUGGAAUCUCUUACCCAAAACUCAUGUACAGUUAAAUAUAAAGAUACUAUACUUAGAAAAAUACUUGAAAAAUUGGGAGGGGAUAAUUAUCUUCUUAUACUUGAUGAUGUAUGGAAUGAGGACACCGAGAAGUGGGAAGACUUGAGAAGUUGCUUGUUGGGAAUAACAAAAAAUAUAGAGUGUAGAGUUAUUGUGACAACUCGUAAGGAGAAUGUAGCGUUGGGGAUGGGAACACUUCCUGAAUAUAUGCAUCAUCCACGCAAACUUGUAGAUGAAGAGUGUUGGUCAAUAAUCAAAGGUAGAGCAUUUGAAAACUCUUCCAUACCCCCAGAAUUGGAGGUUAUUGGGAAGGAUAUUGCAAAAAAAUGUAGAGGUGUGCCAUUGGUUGCAAGAGUUAUAGGAGGUACAAUGAGCAAUAAAAGGGACAAAGAUCAGUGGUUGUCAAUUAGAAACAGUCAUGUUUGGGAUUCUCUUGAAAAGGAUAAUGGCAUUUUAAGUAUACUAAAAUUAAGUUUUGAUCGCUUACCUUCAUCAUCCUUGAAACAGUGUUUUGCAUAUUGCUCACUUUUCCCCAAAGAUUUUGACAUUAAAAGGGAAGAUUUAAUUCAGCUUUGGAUGGCUGAAGGGUUUCUUCAAUCCUCUGAAGGUAGUCAGAUGGAGAUGGAAAUUAUUGGUGACAAGUAUUUUAAUGACUUGUUAUUUAAUUCCUUGUUUCAAGAUGUGGAAAGGGAUUUGUAUGGAAACAUUAAAACUUGCAAGAUGCACGACCUAGUUCAUGAUCUUGCUCUGUUUGUUUCGAAAGCAGAAACCUUGGUUUUAGAGAAGACUGGUUCCAUGAAUAAUGCUUCUCGUAUUCAACGCCUGAGUGUCAUUUCUACUGGAAAAGAGGUACCAACUAUUCCAGAAGGCAUUUCUACAAAGUUGCAUUCUUUGAUUUCGAAGGUUGAUGUCUUCAAAAAUAUGUCAAAGCAACCCAGAAGCUUGCGUGUCCUAUAUUUUCAGAAUGCUAAGGUUGAGAAGUUGCCAGCUUCUAUCGGCAAAUUGAAGCAUUUAAGAUACCUUAACAUCUCAAGAACUAAUAUCGGAAGAUUACCAAAAUCUUUCACCCUACUCUACAAUUUGCAGACCUUAAACAUUAUGGACUGCUGUCUUGAGAGGCUUCCCAAAGGAAUAACAAAACUAGUUAGCUUGAGGCAUAUUUAUUUUGAUAAGGAAAAGAUUAUGCCAGUUAAGAUUGGCUGCUUAACUAGUCUUCGAACAUUGCCACUCUUUUAUGUGGGUACGGAAAGAGGACGCCGAAUUGACGAACUUGGAUGCUUGAGCCAACUUAGAGGAGAAUUAAAAAUAUACAACCUUGAGCAUGUAGAAGACAAAGCUGAAGCCAUUAGAGCAAAGUUGCAAGAGAAGGCCAAACUAUAUGAGGUGGAAUUGUUAUGGAGCAACAAACGAGAAGGCUACGGUAAUGACGAGGAAGUAUUGGAUGGCCUCAAGCCUUGCUCAAAUUUGAAAAGCUUAAUGAUAGUGAAUUAUCCGGGAGAAAACUUGCCUUCAUGGAUGCUUAUGAGUGUCCAUGAUUUUGGUUGCACAUUUCCCCUUGAUAAUUUGGUUUUUUUGAAAUUAAUAAAAUGCAAGCAAUGCAUAAACAUUUCGAGUCUUGGGCAAUUACGGAAUCUGAGAAUUCUUGAAAUAGAUGGAAUGGAGAGGGUGAAAUGCAUAUAUAACAGUGAAAUAGCAAGCCAUAGCUCAGGCUGGGUUGAGGGAAUCACUCUAUUCCCAUCUUUGAGAAGAUUCAGCUUAGAGAAUAUGUGCAGUCUUGAGGAGUGGGUACAAGGUGUGGACCUGGGGACAGAAGGAAGAGAGGAUGUGGUAUUGUUUCCUCAACUUGAGGAGUUAAUUGUCUUGAGCUGUUCUAAGUUGAAGAGUGUUCCAAUACAGAGUAGACUUACAUCUCUUCAGGCAUUUCAUGUUUGCUACUGUGACGGAUUAAGUAAUUUAAAGGAUGGACUCUCUGCCUCCAAAGUUCUGAAAAAACUAAGAAUAUGGAGGUGUCAUAGUCUGGUCUCUGUCCCCAAAGAUGUAGGAGAACUGCAAUCUCUUGUCCACUUAGAAAUCUCUUUUUGUCCAAAACUGACCACCAUUCCAGAGGAAAUCUUAGGCUAUCUCACCAGUUUGAAGGAACUGAAAAUUGGUUUUUUCUCAGAAGAGCUUGAGGAAUUUCCAGGUCUAAAUUCAAUCCACCUUCUCCAUGCGUCCCUUGAAUACCUGCACUUGUUUGGAUGGAAAAAACUGAAGUCUCUACCGCCUCAGCUUCAACACCUUGCUGCCCUUAAAUCAUUUGCAAUAGUUUUCUUCGAUGGAAUGGAAGCUUUGCCAGAGUGGUUGGGAAACUUAUCGUCCCUUCAAAAACUUCGAAUUGGUCACUGCAACAAUCUGAUGCAUCUACCUUCUAUGGAAGCCAUGGAAUGUCUCUCCAAAUUACAGAGAUUAGAAAUUCACAGGAGUCCAAUAUUGGCAGAAAGAUGCACCAAGGACAGCGGCCCCGAAUGGCACAAGAUUGCUCGCAUUCAGUACAUUCAGAUUGAUUGGCGAUGCAUUUAAUAUUGAGUCUGCAGCUCAGAAUAAAUCCUUUUGAGAAACCUUCAUUUUAUGCUGCUAUUA